ACAGAUAAUAUUUAAAAGAAAAAAAACAAGUGUGAAAUGGUGGUUUUAAGCUCCUGUUGGUCACCAAUAAUUUGGUCAAAUAAUGUGAAGACUGGUAGCUAUGCUGUCGCUGUCUAUACGGCCGCUCUAUCAAUAAUAUUCAUAACAUUGAUUUCGUAUAUGUUGGCUGGUGGGGAAUCAUGUCAAUUAUAUUCGCCUUUAUUUGAAACUGAUAUUCGUACCUCUAUGCCUAUAGUGGGUGGUAUUUUUAUAACCUACUUCCUAUUGGUUAUUGCAGCAUCUAUUUUGGUUUAUCAUGGUAUUAAAAUAAGCACGCGUGGCUUCUUAUUACCUUGGCUAAUCCUAGUGGGUCUUGGUAUAUUAUUUCAGUUAAUUUUCGGUUUAUGGUUAAUAGGCGGUUACUAUAUAUACUUGGAACAGACUUUUUCCGCUUUAUUAAACUUUUUUUGGAUGGGUUACAAUAUUUACUGUUGGCUUUGUGUAUUUUCUCAGUAUCAAAUCUUUUUGGAAUUACAAAAUCCCAACAUCGAACUACUAAUGCCUUAAGUAUUAAUUUUCAUAUGUACGUAUGUUUUUUUUUAUCAUAAGUUAUAUUUAAUUAAUAAAUUAUAUUUAAAACAAUUUUUCAUGGGCAAAGCAUCCAUCCCCUGCUUAUCUGUCUACCUAAGCGACAAUAAAUCAAUUUUUUAAUCAAAUACAAGUGGGAAACUUCGUUUUAGUUGCAUAGCAAGGCAUCUGGCCGAACUGGCGAAGCAAGCCUUAUAUAAUAUUUAUAUAAAUAUAAUACUUACUUACAAUUAUGUGCAUUUUGUUGCAACGAUUAAAACUAUCCACGCUUUUUAUUCCUGUAAACCGCCCAUACGAUUACUCACUCGCUAAGAAAGCAGGCUAAAGGCUGAGUUGUUAAAAUAACUGGCUUUCUCGCAUAUAAGGGAAAUGUUCUCCUAAGCCUUUACGUCCCUAACUUUUUCGGAUCAGUAACCAAAGCAGUAUCAAAGGCCUAUAUAAUAUGAAUUCAAUUACGUUAUUUUUACAACUUUGAAAGGUACGCUUCGCUAUAUUGGAUGCUCUGUCGGUAAAAGUAACUUUGGCAGCAAACUGGACAAAGGGCCUACCUCUUAUUCAAUUUUGGAGAUUUACCGCAAUAACACGCACCUUUGGAAAUUAUGUUUGCUUGUAUACUUCUUUACCUUUUCUCUUCUUCUUCUAUUUACGGCAAAUAAUCUGUUUAACAGAAAAUGCGCCCUGUGACAGAAAAUUUGUUAAUAGCAAAGGCCUUAACGAAUAAGUAACGAAAGACGGUUUUAACCGACACGCAAGCAGAAUAAUGUGUCUCCAAAUUUAACUUACCAAUACACAAGUACAAUCUCUCUCUAUGGUAGAGCACCCUUCCAGCUGUGCCGACAUCUUCAGCGAUGACUUGUGUACUCGUCAAAUACUGAGUAUAUGUAAUGAAUGGGCUUGAGAAUAUAACAUAAACAGUUUCUUAAGUUAUAUAAUUACGGCAAACAUACUUUUAGAUCUUAUGACAAGGACGGAUAGACGGAUCAUCAUAGCUAUACUGAUUUACAAUCCCUUAAAGCAAAAUGAAAAAUUAAAUACACUUGACUUCACUCAAUUUCAUUUUUUAUUUUAUUUUUGUCUUUCCUCACUUAAAAAUCUGUGAUUUGUCAUCAUUAAAGUGAAAGGAUAAUUGCACGCUUUUUGCUCUAACAGCCAUUUCAGAUAUAUUAGCAACUUGAUAUAAAAAAAAAAAAAAAAUCAUUUACGAUAAAUUUUAAUUACAUAAAUUUUCUGAAUGCCAAAGAGAAAAAUCGCAUAAACAA